UUCCGCUAUAUUCCAGCUCUCUCUCUGUCCUCCGCGUGUAUCAGAUUCUCUCUCCUCUCCAAAUUUUCGUAAGAUCACUCAUUCGCCAAACAUCAUCACAAAUCCAGCCAUAAAUCUCUCACUCCACACACACAAUUCUACCAAAUCUCAGAGUGGAAGAGAGGUUUAAUGGCGGGAAACGAUUGGAUAAACAGUUACUUGGAAGCCAUACUUGAUGUAGGUCCUGGACUUGAUGAUAAAAAAUCAUCCUUGCUCCUUCGUGAAAGAGGCCGUUUUAGCCCGACACGCUACUUCGUUGAUAACGUUAUCGGCUUCGAUGAGACUGAUCUUCAUCGCUCCUGGGUUAAAGCCCAAGCGACGAGGAGUCCUCAAGAGAGGAACACCAGACUUGAGAAUAUGUGUUGGAGGAUUUGGAAUUUAGCUCGCCAGAAAAAACAGCUUGAGAAUGAGGAAAACCAUAGAGUGGCCAAACGCCGAAUUGAACGUGAAAAAGGUCGCAGAGAAGCAGUUGCAGAUAUGUCAGAAGACUUAUCAGAAGGGGAAAAAGGAGAAAACAUCAACGAUGUAUCUGUUCAUGGUGAAAGCCACAGAGGUCGUUUGCCCAGAAUGUCCUCCUUGGAUGCCAUGGAAGCAUGGGCCAAUACACAAAAGGGGAAAAAACUCUAUCUUGUAUUAAUAAGUCUUCAUGGGUUAAUACGUGGUGAAAACAUGGAGCUAGGUCGUGAUUCUGAUACAGGUGGACAGGUGAAGUAUGUAGUGGAACUAGCAAGGGCAUUAGCGUCAAUGCCAGGUGUCUACAGAGUUGAUUUACUUACAAGACAAGUAGCUUCACCAGAAGUAGACUGGAGUUAUGGAGAACCAACAGAAAUGUUAUCUCCAAGAAACUCAGAUGGAAUGACAGAUGAAAUAGGAGAAAGUAGUGGAGCAUAUAUAAUCCGUAUUCCAUUUGGUCCAAAAGACAAAUAUGUCCCUAAAGAGCUUCUAUGGCCCCACAUCCCUGAAUUUGUUGAUGGAGCACUUGGACACGUCAUCCAGAUGUCAAAAGUUUUGGGUGAGCAAGUUGGUGGUGGAUACCCUGUGUGGCCUGUUGCCAUUCAUGGACAUUAUGCUGAUGCUGGUGACUCAGCUGCCAGGCUGUCAGGUGCCCUAAAUGUUCCCAUGCUUUUUACUGGUCAUUCACUUGGAAGAGAUAAGUUAGAACAGCUUUUAAGACAGGGGAGAUUAACAAAAGAUGAAAUCAAUGCUACUUAUAAGAUCAUGAGAAGAAUUGAAGGUGAAGAGAAUAGUCUUGAUGCAUCUGAGAUUGUUAUAACAAGCACUCGACAAGAGAUAGAUGAACAAUGGAGAUUAUAUGAUGGUUUUGACCCUGUGCUUGAAAAGAAACUUAGAGCUAGGAUCAGACGGAAUGUUAGCUGUUAUGGAAGGUUCAUGCCUCGUAUGGUUGUAAUUCCACCUGGGAUGGAGUUUAAUCAUAUUGUUCCACAUGAUGUGGAUGGUGAAAAUGAAGGAUCAGAAGAUCAUCAGACUUCUCCAGAUCCACCUAUUUGGACAGAGAUAAUGCGAUUCUUCACCAAUCCACGUAAGCCCAUGAUUCUUGCACUUGCUAGACCAGAUCCCAAAAAGAACCUUACAACUUUGGUUAAAGCAUUUGGGGAGUGUCGCCCAUUAAGAGAGCUUGCUAAUCUUACAUUAAUUAUGGGUAACAGAGAUAACAUUGAUGAAAUGUCAAGCACAAGUGCUUCAAUGCUUCUUUCCAUUAUUAAAAUGAUUGAUAAAUAUGAUCUUUAUGGUCAAGUCGCCUACCCUAAACAUCAUAAACAGAGUGAUGUCCCUGAUAUAUACCGAUUAGCAGCAAAAACCAAGGGUGUUUUCAUCAAUCCAGCUUUCAUUGAGCCAUUUGGACUCACUUUAAUCGAGGCUGCUGCUCAUGGGCUACCAAUGGUUGCCACGAAAAACGGAGGCCCAGUAGACAUACAUCGGGUACUUGAUAAUGGUUUACUCAUCGAUCCACAUGACCAAAAAUCAAUAGCGGAUGCUUUACUAAAACUCGUUGCAGACAAACAACUUUGGUCAAAAUGUAGGUCAAACGGAUUAAGAAACAUUCAUCUCUUUUCAUGGACUGAACACUGCAAAACCUACCUAUCACGUAUCGCCACGUGUAAGCCACGUCACCCCGGGUGGCUAAAAAACGACGACGAUGAGGAAACUUCAGAAUCCGAUUCACCAAGCGAUUCCCUACGCGAUAUGCAAGACAUUUCUCUAAACCUAAAGUUCUCAAUGGACGGGGGAGAAAAAGGUAAUUCCAUAAACCCCGAGGACCGAAAUAGUAAAUUAGAAAACGCUGUUUUGUCGUACACAAAAAGUAUCGCGAAGGUAAAUCCGGAGCAACCGAAGUUCCCGGCGUUGAGACGGAGGACGCAUAUAUUUGUGGUGGCGAUUGACGACGACGACGUGGAGGGUAUUUUCGGAAAUGUUAGGAAGAUUUUUGAGGCGGUUGAUAAGGAGAAGAAAGAAGGUUCGAUUGGGUUUAUUUUGGCGACUUCGUUACAAAUUGCGGAAGUUCAUUCGUUUUUGGUGAAGAAAGGGGUGAAUCCUGCGGAUUUUGAUGCGUUUAUUUGUAAUAGUGGAGCGGAUUUGUAUUAUUCUUCUUCUCAUUCUGAAGAUAAUCCGUUUGUGUUUGAUUUAUAUUAUCAUUCGCAUAUUGAGUAUCGAUGGGGAGGUGAAGGACUUCGGAAGACUUUGGUCAAAUGGGCGUCUUCUAUCAUUGAUAAAAAAGCUGAGAAGAAAAGUGAACAACAUGUUGUUACAGAAGAUGAAGAAGUCACAACGAAUUACUGUUAUGCUUUUAACAUUCACAAACCUGGAUUAGUGCCACCUGUCAAGGAGCUUCAAAAGUUAAUGAGGAUUCAAGCUCUUCGUUCUCUUAGGUACUUGUAUCUAAGGUGGGGUAUGGAGUUAUCAAAAGUGGUGGUAUUUGUUGGAGAAAGUGGGGACACAGAUUAUGAAGGGUUUCUAGGUGGGGUCCACAAGGUGGUUAUAAUGAAAGGAGUUGGAAACAGUAACAGCAAUCAGCUUCAUGCGAAUAGAGUCUAUCCGCUUUCAGACGUUAUUCCUACUGAAAGUGGUAAUAUCAUUCAGACAUCUGAAGAGUGUAGCAGUGGUGAUAUUCGUGCUUCAUUGGGAAAACUUGGAGUUCUGAAUGGGUAAAGACUAAAGACAUGACUUUACAGGUGAUAUGUUUUCAUUGAAAUUUGAAUAUACUUUUUUAUGAGUUUAUCAAAGUAUAAGAAAAAAGGAAAAAAAUAUAUGAUAUGAUUUGUACAGAAGUUAUAUAAAUGAGGCGAAUACUGUAUUUCCGCUUGUAACGGUUUUAAUAUUUUUACCUGAGUAUUGAAGGUUUAAUAUGGUUUUGAUUU